UGUGUGUGUGUGUGUGUGUGUGUGUGUGUGUGUGUGUGUGUGUGUGUGUGUAUCUGUGUGUGUAUGUACGGCACGCAUUGGUCUUUGGAGACACAAGCAAAGCCAUAAAUGAGUUUGGUCGUGUCGACCACUCACUCCACCGUGUGUAUGUGUGUGUGUGUGUGUGUGUGUGUGUGUGUGUGUGUGUGUUGGUUAUGUGAAAUUUUUUAUUUGUCCUUGUGUACUGUUGCUCUAAACAAGUCUUUGUGUGCAUUACUGUCAUAAAUGUACAUUUUAGCCUAAUUCUAAUUCCAUUUAACUUGUGACUUUAUAGCACUUUGUAGCGAAGGUGAAUGUGUAGUUUACGAAGCUGUAUACAGAGAUUUCAAAAUGAACACCAACAUGUCUCCUGACUUUCGUCAUUAGCUUCUAGGACAGGUCUUUUACUGGAUGUUGUGUCAUCUACAUUGGAUUAUCAGAAUGUGCCAAUAUUGAUCAUCUUGAACGAGCCGACAUUUGUUAAUUUUUUGAGUUGGUUUUCUGAUGUUGAAGACAUAAACACGCGGUACAAUGAAAGUUUACGCUUGGACAGAAAUCAAAGUGUUUUCACUUUUCAGAGCAACUCAUUCUUUCCGAUGGACAAUUGUGGCUUCGUUAAUGAUACAGAUCUGAAGGAUUGUAGUGGAAAGAGUCACAAUUUUGGUUAUACGUCUGUCUUUCGGUCUGCAUUCCGCUAUCAAGGCAAUGAGAAUCUUGUAGUCUAUGGUAAUGAUGACAUUUGGGUUUACGUGGACAAGAGUUUGGUUAUUGAUCUUGGUGGCACUCACCAGCCAUUAUGCCAAGGGGCUGUUCUAUAAGGUGUGAGGUCUGUGGAGAGAUCGGAAGGAGAAUGGGUGGAGGUUAACACUUCAGCUUGUGUCGACCAGUCAGGUUUAGUGUUGAGUUCUCUGUCUUUAAACAGAGAUCUUGUGGUUGGUCGAUUCUAUCGGUUGGAUAUCUUUUACGCACAGCGACAUUCUUACAGUACUUUGUGUCCCAAUUGUACAUCGUCUUUCUACUUUUUGACGACCAUCCAGUCAUCGAAUUUUGCCAAUCAAGUUUUAGCAUUGGCUGUUGACGAAGAUGUCAAUAUCACUAAAUCUAUUGGUAUUAUUAAUAUUAAUGACUACAUUGUUGUGUUGGAAGGAGUAGAACAUUUGAUAUUCAAUUUGCUGGAGGGAAAUGAUGAUGGAAAGUUUGCUGUUCACGAACACUCUGGUGACAUUCUACUCGUGUCAGCACUCGACUACGAGAAAUCUUCAGACUACAUGCUCAAUUGUACAAGUCACCAGCUCUGCAGAUUCCAGCAAGACAGCUAUUGUUGCAGUUGAGAUUGAAGUCAAUGAUGUCAAAGACAAUGCACCAACGUUGACUCCCAGUUAUGCUGCAGUGGUUGCAUCAGAAAUGAGAGCUGAAGGAUUAUUGGUGGCCACGUUUGUUGCAGAGAACAUUGACAGUGGUAUCAAUGGGCAGCUUAUUUUUCCAUUGCUGAAGUCAAAUCAGAACGUGUUGGGAAGGAGAAAUAUCAAUUUACGCGGUAACUGUUGGUGUUUCUGAUCUUGGGAAUCCUUUGAAGAACGCUACAAGCGCGAUUGUGGUCAAUGGUCGUGCAGUUUGUAAAGGCAGUACGUUUAUCAUAGCUAAGGAUCUUAGCGUUGGGAUACCUUUUGGAUGAAGUAACUGGAGUAUGCCUUGCUUGUAUUGCUGGCUAUUAUUGCCCUGGAGAUGGUUUGCGACAUAAAUGUGGAUGUGCUCGGAAUGACUCUAGUUGCCAGAACAUACCAAGUUUAUAUUCCAAUGGACUGGCUGCGGAAUGCAGUUCCUGUCCUGACGGUUAGAUAUGCAGUGAUGGUCGAGCGGAACCUUGUGCAGAUGGCUUAUAUGCAGAUUUCUGUGAUGAUCAGGAGUGUCAAGAGAAAUGUCUUUCAUGUCCUCCUGGUAGCAUCUGCAUUGCAGGCAAGAGAACUUUAUGCAGACCAGGGACAUUCGAGGAAGACAAUGUUUGAUGUGCUCCUUGUCUGCCAGGGUUUUACAGCAAUGGAACUGGCAAUACAAACUGUUAUUGCUGUCCUGCGGGUUACAGAAGUUCUCAUGGAAAAGAUGGCUGUCAACCUUGCCAAGAGAAUGAGUGGUCAACUGGAGAUGUUGACAAUCACUGUGGAGUGUGCAUGACGUGUGCACCAAAUGAAAACUGCAAUUGUCAUCGCCAUCACCCGUGUUUUUCUGGUGUGCAGUGUGUCAAUGUUGUGGAACAAACACCAUUGUUUAGUUGUCUCGAAUGUCCUCCAGGUUACAGAGGAGAUGGUAUUGAUUGUGAUGAUAUUGAUGAGUGUCAAUUGGCCAGCCCAUGUUCUCAUAUGACUCGGUGCAUCAACACAUUUCCUGGUUACAUGUGUACAGCAUGUCCACAAGGAUACACUGGGCAUGUACCACAUGGUAUUGGAUUGACUCACGCUUUGGGAAUUAAACAGAAAUGUGAAGACAUCGAUGAAUGUUUAGUGAACAAUGGAGGUUGCGACGUUCGUUCAACUUGUAUUAACGAGCCGAGCACAUUCAGCUGCAGUGCAUGUGAACCUGGAUACAUCAGGAACGGAUACACCGGCUGCAAUCCUGGAGAUUUUUGUGACUUAUGCACUCAUUCGUGUCACAAGAACGCCAUCUGUACAGCAACGGUUUUGGGAUUGUUCGAGUGCAAGUGUGGGACAGGGUAUGCGGGGAAUGGUACCUACUGUGGUCGAGAUACUGACAUGGAUGGAUUUCCAGAUGACAGGCUGUUCUGCACCGAACAAAUGAUAACUGUUGAGACAAACCAAACAGUGGCCAAGAAAACACUGAUGGAGAUGAAUUUGGAGAUGCAUGUGAUGACGAUAUUGAUAACGAUGGGUGGACAAACUUUCAAGAUCACUGUCAGUAUUAUUAUAUGUAUUCAACACUGAUCAAGCUGACUUUGAUGGAGACGGCGUCGGUGAUGUUUGUGACAACUGUUGGAAUUACACGGAUCCACUCAGAGCAAACAACGAUACCAGAAAUCCGUUGCAGCUAGACACAGAUAAAGAUGGUCUGGGUGUCAUCUGUGAACAUGACAGAGAUGGAGAUGGUAUGUUGAAGACAAACGUUCAGGAAUAUAUCAACGUAAUGAAUGUCAGUCAGACUGUAUUAGCUGGCAUGCAAAUGAGUUGGAUCACAUCUUAAAGAUAAGAAAUCUAGCGGAAAAAGACAUGUUGACAAACAAAGAGAUCAAUUUAUUUACUUUUUUGUACUUUAGCAGUUUGUUUUAUUUAGUCUUUUUAGUGCAUGUGAUUGCAUGUAUUAGUAGUACACUGUCCAGUACAACCGUGAUUAUCCAGAAAUUUGGUAAUCCGGAAAAAUUUAU